AUCAUAGUGAGUUACCCACCGACAAAGCAGCUAACGUACGAGGAGCAGGAUCUAGUUUGGAAAUUCAGAUAUUACCUUACUAAUCAGGAGAAGGCCUUGACAAAGUUCUUAAAAUGUGUCAACUGGGACCUACCACAAGAAGCAAAGCAAGCACUGGAGCUACUAGGCAAGUGGAAGCCCAUGGAUGUGGAAGAUUCUCUAGAACUGUUGUCAUCUCAUUUCACCAACCCAACAGUUCGGCGCUAUGCUGUUGCUCGACUUCAGCAGGCUGAUGAUGAGGAUUUGCUGAUGUACCUGCUACAGUUAGUCCAGGCAUUGAAAUAUGAAAACUUCGAUGACAUAAAGAAUGGACUGGAACCUAGCAAGAGGGACAGUCAAGGUUCAAUGUCAGAGAGUGUGACAACAUCUGGAACUAAUGGUGCAGAAAUAGACAGCUCCCAGAUCAUGAGUCCUGUUCCACCUGUUUCCUCACCACCUCUUACUUCUAAGACAAAGGAGCUUGCAGAUAAUGAAAACCUUGAUCAAGACCUUUGCACUUUCUUGAUAUCACGAGCAUGCAAAAAUUCCACGUUGGCAAACUACUUGUACUGGUAUGUAAUAGUGGAGUGUGAAGACCAAGACACUCAGCAGAGGGACCCAAAGACUCAUGAAAUGUACCUAAAUGUGAUGAGAAGAUUUAGUCAGGCUUUGCUGAAGGGUGAUAAGUCUGUCAGAGUUAUGCGUUCGUUGUUGGCAGCCCAGCAGACAUUUGUAGAUCGGCUGGUUCAUGUAAUGAAAGCAGUGCAGCGUGAAAGUGGGAAUCGUAAGAAAAAGAAUGAGAGGCUUCAGGCGUUGUUAGCAGAUAAUGAAAAGAUGAAUUUAGCAGAUAUGGAGCUUAUUCCACUUCCUCUGGAACCUCAGGUGAAAAUUAAAGGGAUAAUCCCUGAAAAAGCCACACUCUUCAAG